AUGACGUUGUCGGCGGAUACACUCGGCGACCAGGAGUCAGCCUGUGAGAACGCAGAUUAUGAGGAUGCGCGUACGAGCACGAUGUCGCGCAUGUCCGGCCCAGUGACAAUAUUGGGGCUAGAUGAUGACGUCCUUCGAGAGAUCUUCUCUUGGUCCACAGCCAGUGUGGACCAAGUAUGGGGAGUCGGCGCUACCUUCGAGAACCUCGCGUUCAACGCCAUCCUCCGCGCACGCCACAUGUACCUGCUCGCUCGCAUCUGCCGGAGGUUCAAAGACAUCGUCUAUGGACACGCUGCUCUUUGGGCCGCCAUCGUCGGUGUGCCGGGCGACGAUGAAAGCCUGAGCUUUGUACUUCAGAAGACCUCUCAGGCACCCCUUACACUAGUUCGUCCCUUCUUCGACGCUGUCCCAGACGCCCAGCAUGAUUUCGCAAAGCAUAACAUGCAUCGAUUCGCCAUCCUUCGUUUGAAGCAAACCAGAGAUCGCAACUGGGCACCUGUACUAUCGGGACGCACCCUUCCCACGCUCACGGGUCUGAGUGUAAUCACACACCAGGACCCGUUUUACAGAGGCCCCCCUCUGGUUGUCGGUCAGACUUUCCCCGUCAAAACGCAGCCGCACUACGAGGAUGACAUACCUCCUCUCUAUGCGCCGAAUUUGCGCUUUCUCGAGCUGCAGGCCUUCUACAUCCCUUUCCGAGCGCCACAGCUCCAGGACCUGCAGCUCACCAGCAUCAGGGGUCUCUCACCUCCUGCACUGAUGGACGCACUUUCCGCUCUGCCUCUACUCCGGAGGCUGUCCAUAGUCCCUGGCAGGCCGUCUAUGGGACCUCAGGACGAUCUCCCGGACGAAUGGCGCUGGGCAGGCUCCCCCAUCGUGUCCCUGCCAAACAUCGAGUAUGUGCACUUGGAGGGAGUCGAGAGCACGUUCGUCGCCGGUCUCUUCACCUCUGCCGUUAUACCUCUCAGUGCGGGCAUAAGCGUCCACAUCGGAGUUCUCGCGGGCAUGGAGGACAUGGACGCUAUAGCGUCAGCCCUGCGCCGCUUCAUCUCGUAUCCCGCUUACGACUCUGUCCGCUUCCAAAGCGGCGUCGUCUUUGAUCUCUUCACACAAGGAGCCGACGAGAGCGCUCCCCGCAUCUCGCUGAGAAUGCCGAUCAUGUCCACCGCACGCGGAUAUAACUUCUUCGAAUGCGUGGCAAAAGUCGCACAACACCUUCCUCGUCGACACGUCUAG